GGCGAGUGGUGCGGAAGGGACCGCUCUAGCGGCGGCUGCUUGCGGGGGAGAAACAAAACCUGCAGGUCCAGGUCGGAGCCGGGGGACUUUCCCAGCAAGUGGGCGAGCUCUCCCGACCUGCGGUCAGCUCCGCCGCGGCCACGGCCAGCCGCGGUGCCCGCUCCCGGCGGGGUCGCGGAGCGCCGGCUGGACCCGCCCCGAGCUCCAUGGUUUGCCCAGCCCUGCGCGAUGGUGACUCUGGGCGCCGAGGCUGGCGCGGGGCGAGCCCGCAGCUCGCAGAAUGAAGGCGGGGAGCGCGGCCGGCGGCCGGCGGGGGCUGGCUCCGCGACCCCAGCGCCCGGAGGAGCGGCCCAACCACCUGAACCCGGAAAACGCCAACAAGUAGUUUCUCGUUGGAGCAGGGCUGCUCGGCUGGGUGUCAGGACUCAGUCCGGCUGCCCGGAGAAGCUCGUCCACUCGGAAACCAAAGCAGAACCACUUUUCUGUCGGUCUCGUUAAGUCAUGUCUGAGCCACAGAGAUGGGCAAGAUCGAGAACAACGAGAGGGUGAUCCUCAAUGUCGGGGGCACCCGACACGAGACCUACCGCAGCACCCUCAAGACCCUGCCUGGGACGCGCCUGGCCCUGCUCGCCGCCUCCGAGCCCCCGGGCGACUGCCUGACGGCGGCGGGCGACAAGCUGCAGCCGUCGCCCCCUUCGCUGUCGCCGCCGCCGCGACCGCCCCCACUGUCUCCCGGGCCGGGCGGCUGCUUUGAGGGCGGCGCGGGCAACUGCAGCCCCCGCGGCGGCGGCCGCGAGUUCUUCUUCGACCGGCACCCGGGCGUCUUUGCCUACGUGCUCAACUACUACCGCACGGGCAAGCUGCACUGCCCCGCCGACGUGUGCGGGCCGCUCUUCGAGGAGGAGCUGGCCUUCUGGGGCAUCGACGAGACGGACGUGGAGCCCUGCUGCUGGAUGACCUACCGGCAGCACCGCGACGCCGAGGAGGCGCUCGACAUCUUCGAGACCCCCGACCUCAUCGGCGGCGACCCCGGCGACGACGAAGACCUGGCGGCCAAGAGGCUGGGCAUCGAGGACGCCGCGGGCCUGGGGGGCCCCGACGGCAAGUCUGGCCGCUGGAGGAGGCUGCAGCCCCGCAUGUGGGCCCUUUUCGAGGACCCCUACUCGUCCAGAGCCGCCAGGUUUAUUGCUUUUGCUUCUUUAUUCUUCAUCCUGGUUUCGAUCACAACCUUUUGCCUGGAGACACAUGAAGCUUUCAAUAUUGUUAAAAACAAGACAGAACCAGUCAUCAAUGGCACAAGCGUUGUUCUGCAAUAUGAAAUCGAAACGGAUCCUGCCUUGACGUAUGUAGAAGGAGUGUGUGUGGUGUGGUUUACUUUUGAAUUUUUAGUCCGUAUCAUUUUUUCCCCUAAUAAACUUGAAUUCAUCAAAAAUCUCUUGAAUAUCAUUGACUUUGUGGCCAUCCUACCCUUCUACUUAGAGGUGGGACUCAGUGGGCUGUCAUCCAAAGCUGCUAAAGAUGUACUUGGCUUCCUCAGGGUGGUAAGAUUUGUGAGGAUCCUGAGAAUCUUCAAGCUCACCCGCCAUUUUGUAGGUCUGAGGGUGCUUGGACACACUCUUCGAGCUAGCACUAAUGAAUUUUUGCUGCUGAUAAUCUUCCUGGCUCUAGGAGUUUUGAUAUUUGCUACUAUGAUCUACUAUGCUGAGAGAGUAGGAGCUCAACCUAACGACCCUUCAGCUAGUGAGCACACGCAGUUUAAAAACAUUCCAAUUGGCUUCUGGUGGGCUGUAGUGACCAUGACUACCUUGGGCUAUGGGGAUAUGUACCCCCAAACAUGGUCAGGGAUGCUGGUGGGAGCCCUGUGUGCUCUGGCUGGAGUGCUGACAAUAGCCAUGCCAGUGCCUGUCAUUGUCAACAACUUUGGGAUGUACUACUCCUUGGCAAUGGCGAAGCAGAAACUUCCAAGGAAAAGAAAGAAGCACAUCCCUCCUGCCCCUCAGGCAAGCUCACCUACUUUUUGCAAGACAGAAUUAAAUAUGGCCUGUAAUAGCACACAGGGUGACACGUGUCUGGGCAAAGACAAUCGGCUUCUGGAACAUAACAGAUCAGAUAACUGCAAAGAGGUUGUCAUUACUGGUUACACGCGAGCUGAGGCCAGAGCUCUUACUUAAUGACUUGGGGAAGGCACAAAACAUGAGAGAAAGGUAACUGCCAGCCAGGCUUGCAUUGUUUAGCCAGGAAUUGCUGCUUGGUAUAGAGUCAUAUAUAUUUUUUUCCAAUCCCAGGAUUUGUCAUCAUUUUCAGAGGCAAAGUGCCAAAUAUCACCCAAAGCUCUCGUGUCUUUUUUUUAUCCCCUUCCUUUAUUUUUAUUUAUUGAUUUUUGUGCAAACAUCAAAGAUGAUUGUUUUCACUGGAGGCUUUCUUGACCAGCCUUAAAUUUCUGACUCACGGGAUUAAUCAGAUUUUCAGGCAGUGUUGAAUCAGGUGCUUUGUCCUGUAUGGCGUUUUGUCUGUCUGUCUUAGCUCCCUGUCUUCAAUGUAUAUGCCAUCUGUCUUCAUGAAGCACAGAAAUGCCUUGAUAAGAUGUUCAUGAUUUUAGUACCGGGUCCUCUCCCCUGCCCCCUGCCUUCUCUGCUAUUUGGAACAGCCUCUCUGCUUUGUGUGUAAAUGGAUGAUGCCCUGUAGACUACCUACGUUAAUCAGUACUGUGAACCUUUUUGAUAAGCAGGAUUUAAGCAGCAGUAUCACCAUUACAUUUGGUUGCUGGCUGCAGUGUCAGUGUCUACUACCUAGCAACCAGCAUUCAUCACUACACUCCAGCAAAACCCCUAGGGAGUUUUAUUCAGCCCAAGUGGAAGAAAUUCUGUUUACAGCGUCCCGAUGAAUGCAAUAGCAAUAGUGUGUCUGGUGUAUUGGGCAUGUGAGGGAGGAAAAAUGCCAUACUAUAAAUUGAGGGAUAAACAUUAUUAUUUCUAAGGCAUUCAGGAUCCUUGAGACUGUUGAUUAAUCCUUAAUUCUCAUGUUUAUUUUUUGUGAGGAAGACAAAUGUCAUUUUUAUUAUUGAUCACAUAACGUCUAUUAUUCUCUAAGUCCUAAAGCAUGAACUGCAUGUCUGAGAUUUUGUACGGCAAUGUAUUUACCCAGACGUACACAUCUGAUAUUUAGAGAUUCUGUGAUCCUUUUAAUAACACCACCCUUAGAAAGUUAUAAUUCCAUAUAGCUUUAUGGUAAAGGAAUUAAUAUACUGUCUGGUGCUGCUGUUAUUGACUGCAGUGUUGUACAGAAUUUAUCAUGGAUUUUUGACUGCUGAAAAAGGGACAAUGGAAUUUAGCCAUGCCAAGGACUGUACUGGAAACAGACUUCUGCUGCUGAAUGUGCCCUGAUGUG